AUGUCCGAGCAUCGCCACCGUUCACGCCAAUCAGCAUCAUCUCUUGGCCUCACAAAGGAUCAAUACAUAGAAAUAGAAGAAGCUUUUAAUAUUUUUGAUGCCGAUCAGAGUGGAAGUAUCGACGAAAAAGAAUUACAGACUGCUUUUCGUGCAAUGGGUUUCACAGUUUCAGAGAAAGAAAUCGAAGAAAUUAUGAAGACAUAUGAUAGUAAAGGAAAGCACGCACUCAAUAAGAAAGAUUUCUUUACAGUUUGUUCAAAUUUGGUUGCAAAACGCGACCCACUUAAACACAUAAAGAGGCUAUUUUUACUCUUUAGUCAGGAUCAUGAACAUAUUAAAAUCAAAGAUCUUCGUAGAAUUUCAAAAGAACUUGGUGAAGAAAUGACAGAAGCAGAAUUGCAAGAAAUGAUUGACCGCUUUGAUGCUGAUAAAGAUGGUAUGAUAAGUGAGGCAGAAUUUAUUGCAAUUAUGGAUCCUGCUAAAAAAUACGGAAAAUAA